AUCAGUCUGUCAUCCAUGAAUGAGAGGGAAGAGCAUUUCAGAAGCAAGCCCAUCCCCUCCCUGCGCCGGCCUGCACGCCAAAGCUACGCCCUACUAGUACAGCACAAGAACUCAAAAGAAAAAAACGUAGUACAGCACAAGAGAGAAGGAGCUAGAGAGGGCGAGGAGAGAGGAACUGUGCCGCUGCUGCUGCACUAGUGGCUGAGGAUGAAGUGACCAGUACAGUACAGUGCAGUGCCGCGGGUGCCGCAGUGGCAUUUUACUCUGUCUGUGCGCUCGCUGGGAGGCCCCAUUUUGGGUAACCUCGUCGGCCUCUAGCUUUGCUUGCUUCCCCCUCUUUCCUCGCACCGGCCAGCCGUCGCGGAGCUGGAGGCGAUUUGGGAGAGGGAGGGCGAGAGCGAUAGAGGAGCAAGAAACGAGAGCGACGGAGGAGGGAGAACAAGGUGGGGAGUUCAGAUAAUCAGUCAGUCGUUGUAGGAGAUUGUCCCUUUCCGGGGCUGCGGCCACGGGGCUGUUCUUGAGGACUCCCCACUGGUUCUUGGAUGAGCUCCGGGGCGGCGGCGGCGAGGGCGAGGAUGAUGCUGAGGAGGGUGGUGACCGACCCCGCCGUCGCGGGGGCCAAGUGCGGGACGCUGGACUCCGACUCCAUGGCGCGCAGCCCGAGGUCGCCGCUCGACCUCAGGGCUUUCGCCGCACUCGGCGGCUCCCUGCUCCGGUCGCCGCGCUCGCCCAGGAGCUGGGACUCCCAGCGCGUCGGUCUAGGCAGCCUCGUCGACACCCUCGCCGAGCCUGCCGCCGACGCCAAGAAUCGCCUGCUCGGGUACCAGAUGCGGCCAACGAAGCUGCAAUGCCUUGCUAAAUCCUACGCCUCCCUGCCCAAAGACUGCGGAUACGGCCAGCCGGAGCUCGGGGUUGCCGCCGGCGCCGGGGGCAUGUCAGUUCCGUGCACUAGGUUCUACGGGGAUGUGAAGUCUGGUCCAGAGGUCACCGGUGGUUCUCGGCUCGGCUUCAGUAGCCACUCGGUCGACCUUGCCAAGUUCCCGGCGUCCGGGUCGCUGCCGGUGUCGAUUGGCGGCCCACGCCGGUACAUCGGGUCGGUGUCGGCGAUGGAGGUCGAACAGUCGGAGGAUUACACUUGCAUCAUAGCUCACGGCUCCAAUCCGAAGACCACCCGCAUUUUUGGGGAUUGCAUCUUGGAGCCCUGCCCUCUUCUUGUGCCUGACUGGGAGAGCAAGGAGACCGAAGAGGCCGAGUUGUACUGGCUGGUGAAGGGGCCGGGCGACGCUGACGAGGAGUUCAUGCGCGUCUGCUUCUCUUGCAACAGGAAUCUGGAUGGCGAUGAAUCUUGCAUUUACCGUGGGAAUGCAUUUUGCAGUGGCUGCUGCAAAGACCAAGUAAUCCUGAAUGAAGAGGAAGAGGAGAUCAAUCCUGCAGCCUCCUCUCCGAGCUCAGCUAGCUCAAAAUUGCCAUUCCAUGAGGACGACGACAUCUUCAUUGAUGGAGUGGUGAGUGGUCGUGCUGAUAUGACCUCCGUCUCCCCCGAUACCUGACCGGCGCACCAUCUGCCAGAAGACGGUCAAUAAUGUAUGUUACCGUUGUCGACGCCAUCACCACCAAAUGCCAUCAUAAGUUUGCUGGUUUUUGUAAGUUCUGUUUCAGCUGUUGAGGAAGUGGAUGGCAUUGGUGGGUCACUGAUGGAGCUGCAUCUGGUUCGGCUUUUAGGAAACAAAAGAGAGGUUGCCGGCCAUUAGCCCUGUAGUUUUGGUCAUAAGGCUAUUUGGUGACUGCGAGAUGAGUCCUUUUCUUCUUCUUCUCUCUUAUUUGGUUACCUCCUGGCAGCAAUGAGUGUUCCGUGAUGUAAGUUGGGACUACCUCAUAAGAUAAUGCCAUUGAGCUGUUUCGCUUAA